GCUGCAUGGAGCUUUCUCAGAACACUCAAAAGGGACCCGCCCUGUGAGCCAGCAGCCCCACCCUGGGAAGCUACCCCAGGACACAGCGACACUCGUUCGGAAGGGGACCCGCAUGCCUGCGUCUGCUGCAGCUCUAUCCACGUUCCCAGCUGUUCCCAGGAGCCCUCGGGAAGAGGAGAGAACAGCCGAUUCCAGCAGCGCUGUCGAGGGGGAUGUUGGGCCCUAUUUUAGGUCUGCGCUGGCCGCCCCCUCCACACCUGGCUCGGUGAGCGGUAGAGCAGCGUGGAAUAUGCCUCCACCACCCAGCGCUGCUGCCUCUGCAGGCCACGCCCACCCGUGCCCAUGGCCAGUGAGGAGCCGUCACUCGCUGGUGCCUUUGCCAUUCUGGAGGCCGCGGGCCGGGACAAGCUUCUGCACCUUAAGCACAAGCUGAAGACCGUGCGGCUGGGCUGCCCGAGGGUGGGCCUCCUGCACGCCAUGGUCCUGCUGAAGCUGGGCCAGGAGACGGAGGCCCGGAUCUCCCUGGAUGCGCAGAAGACAGAUUCCGUGGCCCAGUUCGUAGCCCGCCAGUGGGCUGGUGUGGACAGUGCUGGGGCCUCGGAGGAGCCCUCGGAGUUGCCCUGGGCCACCGCCCAGGUGUACCAGCUGCUCGCAGAGGAGGAGCUGUGUGCGGCAUCCACGCGGGACCGGGCCUACCAGGCCGCCCUCCGAGUCCUCAGCGCCAGGGACGACCGCCAGCUGCGGGCGCUCCAGGAGGAGGCCCUGCAGCGCUUCGGGUGGGACCUCGACAGUGGCCAGUGGGGCUUCCAGCCCCUCCGUUCCGACCUGGGGCGCCUUCCACCGUCCUCGGCCUCGCCCUCCAGAACCCGCAGCCUUCCGCAGCCCAUCGAGGGCCUGUCGGGGUGGAGCAGGGGGCACUCUCUGAAGUCCACAGACAACCCCGCCUCUGUGGCCAGCGGCCUGGAGAUCAGCCAGUCCCCCACCAUGCCCUUGCUCAGCCUGCCCCACAGGUCCCCUGGGCCCAGCAAGCUGUGUGUGGAGCCCCAGCCCAGUGUGGAGCCCCGGCCUGUCUGCCAGCACCCCGAGGAGAUGAGCUGGCCUUCGAGGCUGGAGCCUGCCACCUCCCAGGCGCCCCCAAGCAGCCCGCCGCCCGGGCCUCCUGAGGUGCCCCCAGCUGCCAGCCUCGUGGGCCCCUCUGACACUCUGCAAACCAGUCCCCCCUACUCUGUGGUGUGCACAGAAGCCCCCGAAUCGCUCCCCUCACCCUCCAGAAGCGCCAGCUCGGUCGCAGACCAGACACCACUCCAGGGCCCUGUAGAAGACAGUACGUGCCGGGCAGCCCCGCCCCGCCCACCUGCUCCCCAGGCCCAAGUGCCCCCUCCCUGCAGCCCCUCGCCAGCGCCUUCUUCAGCUCCCCCAGCCCCCCCAGAGCCCUGCGCCCCAACUUCCAAAGUGGAGUCGCAGGGGCAGAAAUUCUACAACUUCGUGGUCCUGCACGCCCGGGCCGACGAGCACGUGGCCCUGCGCGUGCGGGAGAAGCUGGAGGGCCUCGGGGUGUCCGACGGGGCCACGUUCUGCGAGGAGUUCCAGGUGCCGGGGCGCGGCCAGCUGCACUGCCUGCAGGACGCGCUGCAGCACUCGGCCUUCACCAUCCUGCUGCUCACCCCCAACUUCGACUGCCACCUCAGCCGGUACCAGGUGAACCAGUCGGUGGUGAGCAGCCUCCUGCGGCACGACUGGCACGACAGCGUGAUCCCCUUCCUGCCCGAGGAGAGCGCCCAGGACCAGCUGAGCCCCAAGGCCUGUGGCCUGCUCAAAGGCAUGGUGUGGCUGGACGAGAGCUCUCCGGUCUUCCACAGGAAGGUGGCCAACACCUUCAAGCCCCAGCAGCUGCAGCGGCGCCGGGAGCUGUGGAAGAGGGAGCAGGACGCCCAGGCCCUGAGGGAGCAGCGGCAGCGCCUGGAGCAGGAGCGGCAGCACGUGGGCGCCCUGAGCUCGGCCUACGCCGCCUAUGCCCGGAGCCAGCAGGCCCUGCAGGCGCAGGUGGAGCAGCUCCGGGCCGCCCUGGCCAACGUCCUGCCGCCGGGGGCCCAGGGGCCUGCUGCGCCCCACGUGCCCCCGGGAGGCCCCUCGCCCUUUCCCACCUGGCCUGGCCCCCUGCCGCCGCUCACGCCCUCCUGGCCGGCUGGCAUCCCCCCGCCGCCGGCCGCCCAGGAGCCCCCCACCUUUUCACAGCCCCCACUGGUGCCCCCUCAGAGCCCUGGGCUGCAGCCUCUGAUCAUCCACCAUGCCCAGAUGGUGCAGCUGGGACUCAACAACCACAUGUGGAACCAGAGAGGGGCCCCGGAGACCGAGGACAGCACGCGGGAAGCAGAAUGACCGGGUCUGGGCCUGGUGACCUGGGCGCUGGCUUUGGAACGCCCCAUCUCCCGGGCGGGACAGUGGGCGGGACGGGGGUCUCUCUGCUGUCAGGACUCGGCUUCGUCUCUUAGGAAAUAGUGCAAAAUGGGCGUCUGUGACUUUCAGGCCUGGGGGUGGCCAGAAUAGAAGGCGGUGUUUACAGAUUCUCUGGACGGUGGUACUGGGGAAGGGG